AAACGACGACGAGCUCGACGUGGUCAACAUGUCGCGCGAAACCGCCAUGAAGCUGAUUGCACGCUCCAUCAUUGCCAUUGCAAAUGCUGCCGGCGACGUGCCGGCCACGCCGCCCAUUUCCCGCCCAACCACUCCUGCUGGCAGGGAGAACCACGCCGUUCGCCAGCACCGAAGAACCUCUUCCAGACCGGCAACGCCUAUUCCCGCCGAAAAGGAAAAGCACCAGCCCACCGAACUAGCGCCACCAGAAGCGGGCCACGACGAGCCCGUCACCAUCCACGACAUUGGCGCCGGCGCCCAGCCCGAGGCGGUGCAGCGGGCCAACAUGGCGAGGAAAUUCUUCUCCAAGACGGUGCCAAAAGUCGGCGUUGAGGAGUACAUGAAUCGCAUCCAGAAAUUUUGCCCGCUAUCAACUGCGGUCUGGCUAGCGGCCGGAUCCUACAUGCUGCGUCUAUGCGUUAUCGAUAGAAGCGUCCCACUGACCUAUCGCACCAUGCAUCGGCUUAUCUUGGCCUGUGCGCUGGUCGCCAUGAAGGCCCUCGAGGACCACCGAUGGCCCCAGAAGCGCUUCGCCGCCGUGGGUGGCGUCGACGAGGCGGCCCUGAGCCGGCUGGAGCUGUGCGUCGAGUUCCUGCUAUCGUUUGACGUCCAGAUCUUCACGCCCGAGAAGCUCAAGGACUUGACGCUGCAACUGCAAAGGGCGGGUCAGGCUGCGACCAUGACGUGCAGACUACCCACAACAUUCAACCUGAGGUUGGGCAACCCAAAGAUGCGCAAUGCACAGGUUGCGUGAGGAGCAGCAGGAAGAGCGAGCGCGCGUGAGAGAGAGAGAGCGAGAGGGAAAAACAAUGUCCUUUGGUUUUUUUUGUGGUCGUUUCAAAUUUUCAGGAUAUCCCCC